AAAGAAGUUGGUUAUAGGUAUAAGGCAGAAGUAGGCCUGGAACUGAGAGAAAUAGAGAUUACAAAGAAAUCUGAACUUGGAUCAAAUAAUCUUAAUUUACCUUUGGCCCAUUAACUACUACUGCAUUCCAUCAGGUUCCUGAUGUUCGUUGUGUAAACUAUUUCUAGCACUGUUUUGAGAGGUUGUUGAGGAAUUUUGUAGAAUAAUUUGGAACGCAGAUUUAUAAGAAGUCCUUCAGGAAGACGAGAGAGGACUAGACGUCCUGCCCACUGCGUCACAGCCAGGGCAGGGAGGGACCGUGGCCCAUGGGGUCAAGGGGCCCUGAUGUGCACAGCUGCUGCAGGGAGGGAGGUCUUGGGAAAAUGGGCGGUCAGCUGGUCUGUCCUUGGUGAGUGCACACACUGCCCGCACACACCGCAGCCUGCACACAGCACGGCCUUCCUGGCAUCUCUGGCCCUACUGUGUCUGCACUGUUGUAUCAAAGUCCCAGCAUCUAGAUGGUUAACAUAGAGCUGCUUCUGUGUAAAUGCUGCUUAUUUUAAACACUAAGAAGUGUUUAAUUUUAUGGGGGAAAAAAAAGUAGUCCUUAGACUGUAUUUCAAGGACUUACUGGAAUGUUACUAACUCAUAUUCUUUUAUAAUGAAAGCAGUAUCUUUCUGUCCUCCCUUUUUUCAUUCCUGGUGGCUAAUUCAGUCACCAGAUACUUGAGGACUAUAGGAUGUUUGCACUUGGGACACAGAUCUUAAUCAUUCAGUCCUGAUGACCAGGGAAUGAUCUGUCUACAGCCUAGUGGGGAAGGUGUAUCUGCACAAUUCUAGUAAUUAAGGAACUGUCACAUCUUUGAAGAGAAUACUGUGGGAGCCAUGAGAGAGCAGCUUAAGUCAAGAGAGCCCACAACACAGGGGAUCUAAGCUGCAUUUUGCUAGCUAUUAAAGCGCACUUGGGAAGGAAACAGUGUAUGCAAAGGCAUGGAAUAGAGGGGAAUGGCUCUUUCUGGGAGUCUAGGGUCGUCCACUGUGGAUGAUACCUAUAGGUAAGCAUAUUAGGUAGCUAGAGGGGCAAGACGUAGAGAAAUGAGUGGGGGGCCAGACUGCAGGCAAUGGGAAUUAUGUAGCAGGUUUUGAGUGAGAGUGAUGUAAUUAAUUUUCCUUCUUAGCAGCAUAGUGGAAUGGAAAAACUGCUAUCUUUGAUGUUGGAGAUGGACAGCCAUGAAGACUGGAGGCCAGGAGACUAGUUGAAAGGCAGAUACAGGAACAAAACCAUGUAGUCUGUUCUAGAGUAGAGACAUGUAUGAGAAAGGUUAAGAAUACGCAAAGAGGGAAGGAGUACUUCUUUCCACUUGAGGAUCUCUUCCAUUUCUGCAACCCCCAGAAGAAAUGAGGCAUGUGUGACCAGACGAAGGCAGUAGCAUUGCAGAUAUACAGGGGAAACAAGACCUAAGACUUUGGCUUAGUCACCCUGAAAAAGGGCAUCUACAACAAAUACAACUAACAUCUUACUUCGUGUUGAAAAACUGAAAGCUUUCCCCCAAGGAUCAGGAACAAGGAUGUCUUCUCUUGCUACUUCUGUUCAACUUUGGACUAGAGAUUCUAGCCAGGGCAAUUAGCAAAACCGUGUGGUUGGGGCAAUGCAGCUCUACUCUGUGGAUAGGAAGGUUUCACAACCCAUAGAAGGCCAUGCCGCUGCUUUUGCAGAGCUCAAGAUGGAGGGGAAUGCCAAGCCUGCCACCCUUUUCUGCUUUGCUGUACGUAAUCCCACAGGAGGCAAGUUGCACAUCAUUGAAGUUGGACAGCCUGCAGCGGGAAACCAACCUUUUGUAAAGAAAGCAGUAGAUGUGUUUUUCCCUCCAGAGGCACAGACUGAUUUUCCAGUGGCUAUGCAGAUUGGAGCUAAACAUGGUGUUAUUUACUUGAUCACAAAGUAUGGCUAUCUUCAUCUGUACGACCUAGAGUCUGGCGUGUGCAUCUACAUGAACCGUAUUAGUGCUGACACAAUAUUUGUCACUGCUCCACACAAACCGACCUCUGGAAUUAUUGGUGUCAACAAAAAGGGACAGGUGCUGUCAGUUUGUGUUGAGGAAGAUAAUAUUGUGAAUUAUGCAACCAACGUGCUUCAGAAUCCAGACCUUGGUCUGCGUUUGGCCAUUCGUAGUAACCUGGCUGGGGCAGAGAAGUUGUUUGCGAGAAAAUUCAGUACCCUCUUUGCACAGGGCAGCUAUGCUGAAGCCGCCAAAGUUGCAGCGUCUGCACCAAAGGGAAUCCUGCGUACCAGAGAGACGGUCCAGAAAUUCCAGAGUAUACCCGCUCAUCCUGGCCAGGCUUCUCCAUUGCUGCAGUACUUUGGAAUCCUGCUCGACCAGGGUCAGCUCAAUAAACUUGAAUCCCUAGAACUUUGCCAUCUGGUUCUUCAGCAGGGGCGUAAGCAACUCCUAGAGAAGUGGCUGAAAGAAGAUAAGCUGGAGUGCUCAGAGGAGCUCGGAGACUUGGUCAAAACCACUGACCCCAUGCUCGCUCUGAGUGUGUACCUUCGGGCAAACGUGCCAAGCAAAGUGAUCCAGUGUUUUGCAGAAACAGGCCAAUUCCAGAAAAUUGUACUCUAUGCCAAAAAGGUUGGGUACACCCCAGACUGGAUCGUUCUGCUGAGGAGUGUAAUGAAGAUCAGUCCGGAACAGGGCCUGCAGUUUUCUCAAAUGCUAGUGCAGGACGAGGAGCCACUGGCUGACAUUAACCAGAUUGUGGACAUUUUCAUGGAAAACAGUUUAAUUCAGCAGUGUACUUCCUUCUUAUUGGAUGCCUUGAAGAAUAAUCGCCCAGCUGAGGGACUCCUCCAGACAUGGCUGUUGGAGAUGAACCUUGUUCAUGCACCCCAGGUUGCAGAUGCCAUCCUUGGAAAUAAGAUGUUUACUCAUUACGACCGGGCCCACAUCGCCCAGCUCUGUGAAAAGGCAGGCCUCCUGCAGCAAGCACUGGAGCACUACACCAACCUCUAUGACAUCAAGAGGGCUGUGGUCCACACUCACCUCCUCAAUCCCGAGUGGCUUGUCAAUUUCUUCGGCUCCUUGUCGGUGGAGGAUUCUGUGGAGUGUCUGCGUGCCAUGCUGUCUGCUAACAUCAGACAGAACCUUCAGCUGUGUGUGCAGGUGGCCUCUAAGUACCAUGAGCAGCUGGGCACGCAGGCCCUGGUGGAACUCUUUGAAUCCUUCAAGAGUUAUGAAGGCCUCUUCUACUUCCUGGGCUCAAUCGUGAACUUCAGCCAAGACCCAGACGUGCAUCUGAAAUACAUUCAGGCUGCCUGUAAGACAGGGCAGAUCAAGGAGGUGGAGAGGAUAUGCCGAGAGAGCAGCUGCUACAACCCAGAGCGUGUGAAGAACUUCCUGAAGGAGGCCAAGCUCACAGACCAGCUUCCCCUCAUCAUCGUGUGCGAUCGUUUUGGCUUUGUCCAUGACCUUGUCCUGUAUUUAUACCACAACAACCUGCAGAGGUACAUUGAGAUCUACGUGCAGAAGGUCAACCCUAGCCGGACCCCAGCUGUGGUUGGAGGGCUGCUUGAUGUGGAUUGUUCUGAGGAAGUGAUUAAACACUUAAUCAUGGCAGUGAGAGGACAGUUCUCUACUGACGAGUUGGUGGCUGAAGUAGAAAAAAGAAAUAGGCUCAAGCUGCUGCUUCCCUGGCUAGAGUCCCGGAUUCAGGAAGGCUGCAAGGAGCCUGCCACUCACAAUGCACUGGCUAAAAUCUACAUUGACAGCAACAACAGCCCCGAGUGCUUCCUGAGAGAGAAUGCCUACUAUGACAGCAGCGUGGUGGGCCGCUACUGUGAGAAGCGAGACCCCCAUCUGGCCUGUGUCGCCUAUGAGCGGGGGCAGUGUGACCUUGAGCUCAUCCAGGUGUGCAAUGAGAAUUCUCUGUUCAAAAGCGAGGCCCGCUACCUGGUACACAGAAAGGAUCCAGAGCUCUGGGCUCACGUCCUUGAGGAGACCAACCCAUCCAGGAGACAGCUAAUUGACCAGGUAGUACAGACAGCAUUGUCAGAAACACGGGAUCCUGAAGAGAUUUCGGUCACUGUCAAAGCCUUUAUGACAGCCGACCUGCCUAAUGAACUGAUUGAACUGCUGGAGAAGAUAGUUCUGGAUAACUCUGUCUUCAGUGAGCACAGGAAUCUGCAGAAUCUGCUGAUCCUGACUGCCAUCAAAGCAGACCGCACACGGGUCAUGGAGUACAUCAGCCGCCUGGACAACUACGACGCACCAGACAUUGCGAGCAUCGCUGUCAGCAGUGAGCUGUAUGAGGAGGCCUUCGCCGUCUUCCACAAGUUUGAUAUGAAUGCUUCAGCAAUCCAGGUCCUGAUCGAGCACAUUGGAAACCUGGACCGGGCGUAUGAGUUUGCGGAGAGGUGCAGUGAGCCUGCGGUGUGGAGUCAGCUGGCCCAAGCCCAGCUCCAGAAAGACUUGGUGAAGGAAGCCAUCGACUCCUAUAUCAGAGGGGACAACCCUUCCUCUUACCUGGAAGUUGUUCAGGCAGCCAGCAGGAGCAACAACUGGGAGGAUCUAGUUAAAUUUCUGCAGAUGGCCAGGAAAAAGGGCCGUGAGUCCUAUAUAGAGACUGAACUUAUAUUUGCCUUGGCUAAAACCAGCCGUCUUUCUGAGCUAGAAGAUUUUAUUAAUGGACCCAACAAUGCCCACAUCCAGCAGGUUGGAGACCGCUGUUACGAGAAGGGAAUGUACGAGGCUGCCAAGCUGCUCUAUAGCAAUGUUUCUAACUUUGCCCGCCUGGCUUCCACCUUGGUUCACCUCGGUGAGUAUCAGGCAGCAGUGGACAACAGCCGCAAGGCCAGCAGCACCCGGACGUGGAAGGAGGUGUGCUUUGCCUGCGUGGAUGGACAGGAGUUCCACCUCGCACAGCUGUGUGGUCUUCACAUCGUCAUUCAUGCAGAUGAGCUGGAGGAGCUGAUGUGCUAUUACCAGGAUCGCGGCUACUUUGAGGAGCUGAUCUCAAUGUUGGAGGCGGCCCUGGGCCUGGAUCGGGCCCACAUGGGCAUGUUCACAGAGCUGGCCAUCCUCUACUCCAAAUUCAAGCCACAGAAGAUGCUGGAGCACCUGGAGCUUUUCUGGUCCCGUGUCAACAUCCCAAAGGUUCUGAGGGCUGCAGAGCAGGCACACCUGUGGGCUGAGCUGGUGUUCCUCUACGACAAGUAUGAGGAAUACGACAAUGCUGUGCUCAGCAUGAUGAGCCACCCCACUGAAGCCUGGAAGGAGGGUCAGUUCAAGGACAUCAUUACCAAGGUUGCCAACGUUGAGCUCUGUUACAGAGCCCUGCAGUUCUAUUUGGAUUACAAACCACUGCUCAUCAAUGACUUGCUGCUGGUGCUGUCACCCCGGCUGGACCACACCCGGACAGUCAGUUUCUUUUCAAAGGCAGGUCAGCUGCCCCUGGUGAAGCCUUACCUGCGGUCAGUCCAGAGCCACAACAACAAGAGUGUGAAUGAGGCACUCAACUACCUGCUGACAGAGGAGGAGGACUAUCAGGGCUUAAGGGCAUCUAUCGAUGCCUAUGACAACUUUGACAACAUCAGCCUGGCUCAGCGGCUGGAGAAGCAUCAGCUGAUGGAGUUCAGGCGCAUUGCAGCCUAUCUGUACAAGGGCAAUAACUGGUGGGCCCAGAGUGUGGAGCUCUGCAAGAAGGAUCAUCUCUACAAGGAUGCCAUGCAGCAUGCUGCAGAGUCGCGAGAUGCUGAGCUAGCCCAGAAGUUGCUGCAGUGGUUCCUGGAGGAAGGCAAGACGGAGUGCUUUGCAGCCUCUCUCUUCACCUGCUAUGACCUGCUUCACCCAGACAUGGUGCUCGAGCUGGCUUGGAGGCACAAUCUCGUGGACUUGGCCAUGCCCUACUUCAUCCAGGUGAUGAGGGAGUACCUGAGCAAGGUGGACAGACUGGAUGCCUUGGAGAGUCUGCACAAGCAAGAGGAGCAUGUGAUGGAGCCGGCCCCUCUCAUGUUUGAUUCUGAUGGGCAUGAAUGAGACCCAGCUGAUUGCACUAAGCCAGCAGCUGAGGUUGAUAGCAGGCCCUGCCAGCUUCCCCUAUGGAUAUGCCUCUGCUCCCAACUUCACCAGCCUCCAAUGUACAACUUCUGCGUGUAGUGAGCGCUGUCUCCACCCACUCUACCUGCAGAGUUACUGACUUCUCCAAGGAGUGUGUCACUCCAGCAGCACAGGGGACCGCAGUGGGAGGCAGGGACACCUGGACAAUAUUUAUUUUUGGUGAAACCCAAUGAUGGCAACCUCUGAGCCAUCCUAGAGCCUGGGGAGGCCAGGGUAGAGGCUGACAGCGCAAGACCAUCUUCAGCCGCCAGCAGGGUCUGGACUCUGGGCCCUCCUGCUGGAGCCAGGGAUUCCUCCUGGGCGCCCCCGACUGGCUGGAGCUGCCCCCUCCAGGCCAGUUUGAAGACUACGUGAACACGUCUUCAAACACGUCUUGUUUGGAGGUACCGGACCUCAUAACAGGACUCUGAGCCUCCUGGCAAUCUUAAAUAUUAAAGUCGGUUUAUCCAGGCAAA